GUGUGAUCUAGGUGGGCUCAGCCCUGGUACCCUCAGCCUAGGCAGGUGCAGACCCCUAGGACGGCCGCUGCGCGGAGUGGCUCCGCCCCGAACUGUCACGGACAGCGCAGGCAGGCGCAGGGUGCAUCCCAGAGGCUGACGUAGUUGAAGACAUCUGCGGAGCCCAAACUCGGCCCCGGCCCGCCAGUGACCACGGCCCUCAGGGAGCCACCCCCGGCCCCGCCCCAGGCGUCCCCGCGCCACCGUUUGGCGACACUGCGGCAGGCAGCGGGCGCGUUGCCAUGGCGGCCGGGCGCGCGUAGCUGGCGGUGCCCAGCUCAGCCCGGCAGGCUCAGAGGCGGCAGCCAGCUUGGACGGGGAUCUGCCCGGGAAAGGACCCGCCAGAGAGGGGAUCUGACCCAGAGAAAACCUGCUGGGGAGGGGAUCCCAGACCGGAGAUCUGUCCAGGGCCAGAGUUCCAACCUGCGCGCAGGCCCUGCUGAGCGCCAAGAUGCAGGCCAUGGACCCAGCCUCCCGGGGCUUCUACGAGGAAGAUGGCAAGGACUUGGACUUCUACGACUUCGAGCCGCUCCCCACCCUGCCGGAGGAUGAGGAAAACGUGUCUCUGGCUGACAUCCUCUCCCUGCGGGACCGAGGCCUCAGUGAGCAGGAGGCCUGGGCUGUGUGCCUAGAGUGCAGCCUGUCCAUGCGGAGUGUCGCCCACGCAGCUAUCUUCCAGACCCUGUGCAUCACGCCAGACACCUUGGCCUUCAACACCAGUGGGAACGUGUGCUUCAUGGAACAGCUCAGUGAUGACCCCGAGGGUGCCUUUGUACCCCCAGAGUUUGACCUGACAGGAAACACCUUUGAGGCUCACAUCUACUCCCUGGGGGCCACACUGAAGGCUGCCCUGGAGUAUGUCCCAGAACCAGAGCUGGAGCCCAAGCUGAGCACAGACCUGGAGGGACUGCUGAGCCAGAUGCAGGCAGAAGACCCCAGAGAGCGGCCGGAUCUGGCGAGCAUCAUAGCACUGUGUGAGGAGAAGAUGCAGCCUGUGUCCUCAUGCCGCCUGUGCCGCAGUCUCUCAGCCAUUGGAAGAAGGGUGCUCUCCAUUGAGUCCUUCGGAGCAUUCCAGGAGCUCAGCGAGAACACAUGGAGGGGAAGGCCUGCUCCAAGAAAUGUGGGGCCCAAGAAGAUGCCAGGAGACCUCAGCACUGACCCAGAGGCACUGUUCCCAUCAAAGGGCCUACUCCAGCCUCCUGCUUCCAGGGAUGCUGAGCAGGAGGCUGGGCAGAGGCCCAGAGCCCCAUCCCCCAAACCACUGCUGUCAGCCUCCAUGAGAAACGGUGAGAACCCAGGACAGGAAGGACUGGCUGACCUUGUCCUGGAUGCCAGGUGCCCCCUGGGCGAGCUGGACAGAGACAACCUCAGGCGAAGCCGGCUGAAAAAGGCUCAGACGUUUCCCAGGCUACUGCAGGAAAGCACAGAGACCAGCACCCUCUGCCUGUCACUGAACGGCUCGAGAAACCAGCUGGCCAUAUCGGAGUUCUUUCCGCCAGACCCCAGGAAGCUCUUCCUGGAAGGGAAAAAUGGCCUUUCUGGUUUCAAAACACAGUCCAAAAGCAGACUGUGGCCAGAGCAGGAGCCUGGAGUCCAGUUGGAUAAGACACCAGGUGCAGGCCGCAACCCACACAGGAGUCCAGGGGCCUCGGGGCAACUGGAGGCUUCAUCUCCUAGCCAGGGAUCUGUAGAGUACAAACCUUCACCCAGCCCCGUAGACGCUGGAGAUUCAGACCAUGAAGGCCACAUACCUAGGAGUGAAGAGAAGAUUCCAGAAGAAUCCAGACAACCAGGAAGUGCAGCCACUGAACAGAGCCUGUCCCUGAAGGACCUUCUGUCUAAGCUAGGCCGGCCCUUCAGGGAGUACGAGCUGUGGGCACUGUGCCUCUCCUGCCUUAGCACUCUGCAGACACACAAGGAGCACCCAGCUCACCUGUGCCUGGACAACGUGUUGGUGGCUGAGGACGGGACGGUGUUCUUCGGACCGCCCCCUGCCAAUGGCGCCUACAACUCACUCUUCUUGGCUCCCGAGGUGUCAGAAGAGAAGCUGGUGACAGAGAAGGCCUCUGUGUACUGUGUGGCUGCGGUUCUGUGGACAGCAGCCAAAUUCAGCGUACCCCGAGACCACAAACUGGCCCUGCCGCGUAGACUCAAGACACUCCUUCUGGACAUGGCCAGACGCCAUGCCUCAGAACGGCCAUCUGCAGCCGAGGCCAUCAAGGUGUGCAGCAGCUACCUCCUUCAGCGAGGCAUGGACAGCAGCAAGAUUCUAGCCCACCUGCGGGCAUCCACCUGCAAGGUUCACCCAGAGGAGGAGACCAUUGGCCUCCAGAACGCCUUCUCAGUGGUUGAACUGAAAUCCACCACGGCACCUGCUCCUGAGAGUAGUCCCGGCUUCCUGCAGGUCAGCAAUGAUAGCAAGCUGGUCGCUGUCCCAGGGCCUGUGCCUAGUCUGCCCCCCUGCUGCAAAGAAGCCUGUGAGCUGCCAGCAGCCUUCACCUCUGAGGCCACUCACUUUAAGCCCAUAGUCCUGGCUCAGGACGGGAGUGUUACCAGAGACCAGCUUGCCUUGCCCUCAGAGUCAAAUGAGAAACCCAAAGAGGGAAGUGGUCAUCUGGACAGGGAGGGAACAAGAAAGCAGGCAGCCCUGGAGCUUGUUGAGGCCACUGACCUAAAGAUGUCCAACCAGCUGCCACCUGGUCCAGAGCUGCAGGGAGCAACUCCAGACCCUGAUGGUGACUCAGGGUCCCCCAGCUCAGCCACGGAAUGCUCCUGCCCCCAUGGCCCUGCUCUGGUCACCCAGCAAAAAGGAACAUCAGGGACACCCAGCUCUCCUGCCUCUUCCCUGCCCCCUGAGCACAGGCCAGAUGGUGAGGGACCACUAGGUACCACUGUGCUCCCAGGGCCCACCUCAGCCAGCCAGGGCUCUCGACACCCAUGUAAGCCACCCAGGGGUAAGGCUGCAGCGAGUCCAAGCAGCCCUAGGGGCUCGGAUGGUCAUCCUGAGAAGCCUCGGCCAGCAGACCGCAAGCUCUGUCCAUCCAGUGUAGAUACCUCAUCCCCCCCUAAGAUGACAGCCUGCCCCUCGCUGCAGGAAGCCAUGCGCCUCAUCCAGGAGGAAUUUGCCUUUGAUGGCUACAUGGACAACGGGCUAGAGGCACUGAUCAUGGGGGAGUAUAUUUACGCCUUGAAAGACCUCACCUUCGCCACCUUCUGUGGUGCCAUAUCUGAGAAGUUCUGUGACCUGUACUGGGAUGAGCAGCUGCUAAAGAACCUCUUCAAGGUGGUCAAUGGGCCAGCCUCACCCUCUGAGAGCACUUCUGAGGAGCCUGGAUCCCAGCCAGAACACUCACCCAGCAGAUGCUCACUGUCCAGCAAAAGGCCUUCCCUGCACGGACUCGGCAAGGAGAAGCCAGCCGCGACCUGGGGCAGCGGGGGACCCUGCUCCCCCACAGCACUAUCAGAUAUAGACUCCGACACGCUCUCUCAGGGAAACUUUGAGGUUGGAUUUCGGUCUCAGAAGUCAAUAAAAGUCACACGAGAGCAGCAACCAGAGACCGAAGUGGAUGGGCAGCCAGGUCCAAGCCAGGACUCAACCAGCCAUGCCUCGGACACAGUGGCCCGGCUAGCUAGAUCUGAGGAUGGUGGUCCAGCUGGGUCCCCAGGGGCAGCCGAUUUCCAGAACUGCAGCCCUGGCUGGUCCAGUGCCUUCUAUGAGGCUGACUGCUUUGGAGCCGAUGUCUACAACUACGUGAAGGAUCUGGAGAGGCAGAAGGCCAACGGGCACACAGAACUGGAAGCCCAGAGUCCAGAGCUGGAGCAGCAGCUCAUGAUAGAGAAGAGAAACUACAGGAAGACCCUGAAGUUUUACCAGAAACUCUUACAGAAGGAAAAACGGAACAAAGGCUCUGAGGUCAGGACCAUGCUGUCUAAACUUCGAGGACAGCUGGAUGAAAUGAAGUCCAAGGUGCAGUUCCUGAGCCUGGUCAAGAAGUACCUCCAGGUCAUGUAUGCAGAACGCUGGGGGCUGGAGCCCUGUGCUCUGCCAGUGAUUGUGAACAUCGCCGCAGCCCCCUGUGACACACUGGAUUUCAGUCCCCUGGAUGAGUCUUCUUCCCUCAUCUUCUACAAUGUCAACAAGCACCCAGGCAGCGGCCGGCAGAAGAAGGCUCGCAUCCUACAGGCUGGUACACCACUGGGGCUCAUGGCCUACCUCUACUCCAGUGAUGCUUUCCUCGAGGGCUACGUGCAGCAGUUUCUCUACACUUUCCGGUACUUUUGCACACCGCACGACUUCCUGCACUUCCUCCUGGACCGCAUCAGCAGCACUCUAUCCAGGGCUCACCAGGAUCCUACCUCGACCUUUACCAAGAUCUACAGGCGAAGCCUCUGCGUCCUGCAGGCCUGGGUGGAAGACUGCUAUACCGUGGACUUCAUAAGGAACGCGGGGCUGCUGGGACAGCUGGAGGACUUCAUCUCUUCCAAGAUCCUACCUCUAGAUGGCACUGCCGAGCACCUGCUGGCUCUCUUAGAGGUGGGCACUGAGCGGCGGGCUGACAGUGCCUCUCGAGGUGCAGACCUGGAGGAUCCUAAGGAGGCAGAGGAGGACACCAAACCCUUUAAUGCCCUCUGCAAGAGGUUCUCAGAGGAUGGCAUCACCCGGAAGAGCUUCUCUUGGAGACUGCCUCGGGGCAACGGGCUAGUGCUGCCACAUCAUAAGGAGCGCCAGUACACCAUUGCAUCUGCCCUGCCUAAGCCCUGCUUCUUUGAAGACUUCUAUGGCCCCUAUGCCAAAGCCAGUGAGAAGGGUCCUUACUUCUUGACAGAGUACAGCACCAACCAGCUCUUCACUCAGCUAACACUACUGCAGCAGGAAUUGUUUCAAAAGUGCCACCCUGUCCACUUCCUAAAUUCACGAGCCCUGGGUGUCAUGGACAAAAGUGCAGCCAUUCCCAAAGCCAACUCUUCUGAGUCUCUUUCUGCCAAAACCUGCAGUCUCUUCCUACCCAAUUACGUCCAGGACAAAUAUCUGCUACAGCUUUUAAGAAACGCAGAUGAUGUCAGUACCUGGGUGGCUGCUGAAAUUGUGACCAGUCAUACCUCCAAGCUGCAGGUGAACUUGCUGUCCAAAUUCCUGCUGAUUGCAAAAUCUUGCUACGAACAGAGGAACUUUGCAACGGCCAUGCAAAUCCUGGGCGGGCUGGAGCACCUGGCUGUGAGGCAGUCCCCUGCUUGGAGAAUCCUGCCUGCGAAGAUUGCUGAGGUCAUGGAAGAGCUGAAAGCUGUGGAGGUAUUCCUGAAGAGUGAUAGCCUGUGUCUGAUGGAAGGACGGCGCUUCCGGGCCCAGCCCACCCUACCCUCCGCCCACCUGUUGGCCAUGCACAUCCAGCAGCUAGAGACAGGAGGUUUCACCAUGACUAAUGGAGCCCAUAGAUGGAGCAAACUGAGAAACAUCGCCAAGGUGGCAAGCCAGGUGCACGCGUUCCAGGAGAACCCCUACACGUUCAGCCCUGACCCCAAGCUACAGGCCCACCUCAAGCAGAGGAUCGCCCGCUUUAGCGGGGCUGAUGUCUCCAUUUUAGCAGCUGAUAACAGGGCCAACUUCCACCAGAUCCCAGGAGAGAAACACUCACGGAAGAUCCAAGACAAGCUGAGGAGAAUGAAGGCCACAUUCCAGUAGCCAAGUGGAUUCGAACCAGGACCAGACUAAGGAAAAUGGGUCAGGUGGCAGGAGCCCCCUGAGGGCUGCUGGCGGAACCUCAGGCACACUGAGUGCCCUUAGGGAAGGCAGGUUUUUUUUCUUCCCUGAAAGAAGUGCAAAUGGCAAGGGACCAGCCUGAGGCCUUAGGGAAGGCCGAACCAACUCUACCCUAGCCCCAUCCCCAAGGCAGCGUGGACACAGCAUUCAGUGGGCCUGUUUCUGCUAGAAUUUAAAAAUCCAAUUUAAAAAAUGAAAAGGAAAUAGAUUCAGCUCUCCCCAGAGCUUCGGGCCUUCUUAUACCUGGGUUCCCAUUUAUUUAUCAUUGACCCCCUCCAAAACCCAACACAUACCCACAUCUGACUCCAAAAGAGCCCAAACUUAGCUGCUUGCUGACCGGUGUUUUUGUUUCCACUCAGCAAGAAGGACCAAAACUGUCUUUUGCACUCGGCAGCUCCAAGGGUCUGGAACCUUCCACUGGAGCCCAAGAUUUCUAGCAACCUGUCUUGGCCACGUUUAUAAAUCCACCCCACCCUCAGCCUAUCCUGCCAAGUCCCCAGAGAACGGGGAGAAGCAGCCUCUGUCCCAGCUGGGCCUUCUGCCUUAGCUGUUGCCCCUCCCCGUGGCCUGUUGUUGCUCUCCACACACCCACACCCACCCCAGCUUAGAACAGCUGCAGUUGACAGGGAUGCUGGGCAGAAGCUCUGCCCCCUAGAAAAGGGGGAAGAACACUGCGCACUAACAGCAGCACUAAUGCAGGUUCUCCUUCCUGGGACCUCUGGGAGCAAAGCCCCUCUUUACAGUGCUGUGGGCCCCAGAAGCAGCGGCCUACCAGCCUUCAGCAGCUGCGCAUGCGCACACCCAUCCACUGUGUUCCCUUGGCUCUGCACACCACUAGCGCUUUGUUAGACGGACAAAGACGUGAGUCAAACUGCUGCCUUAGUGGUAUCAGACUUCUCGAUUUCUGGAUCCUCAACAACUGGCGCUGGGCUUUGGCUCACUGGGAAGGGGUCGUCUGGCCAGGAGGGCUGGGAGUAAGAUGGACAACAGCAGGUGGGAAAAACUCCCGCUCGGACACCUUAGGCAACAACCCAAGCCCUGCCUGCCACACGACCAAGACUGUUCUGUAUUUUAGAAGUAGGGAUUUUGUAGUGAAGCAGCUAGUGGUAUUUCUAGGAAGCUGUGAUUUGUGACCAAAUGCUGGACUUUUAAUGCUGAGAGGAGUUUCCUCACAUGAAUUUGCUGGAGACGCCAGCCCGUGCUUACACUGGAUGUAAGUGGGACUGAGAGUCCUGGCAUGCAUAUGCAACUUACUGUUUUGGGACUUUUCUAUAAGGAUUAAGUUCUGUUGAUCAACGCCUACGUUUUCAGAUUUUGUAUCUAGUGCAGGAGGUGUCCAGCGCAAACCAGCAUUCCAAUGGUGCUGACUUAUUGCGUGGGGAAAGUGAACAGGCUUUUGGCUUCAGCACUGUUUGCAUGGCGCCCUAAUGUCACAAGGUACAGAUUUCUAAAUAAAGUAAUUUCUACCAAG